AUGGCGGAACAGCUGCCGCCCUGCCCCGAGGAGAGGGCCCCCGACGGGACUCCGGAGGAGCCGAGGGUGAGUGACUUCGCCGCCGCAGUCCCAGCCGUGCUGUGGAACCACCCGUCCCUCUCUGCGCCUUUCUGGAGCGGGGUCUCGCCGGGAAAGGGGCUGGAAAAGGGGCAGCGUGUGGGAGGGGAAGGCGCGUCUCCCUGCGAGACCCCUCUCUUCCAGAAUUGGCUAUGGCUUCUUCUCACCCGUCARAACGGGGGCAAUGACUACAUCCCAUGCGCUGAAAAKUUAUGUCCCGAAGACAAGACGGUUACAAGUUCUCCCAAAGAGUUACUCAGGCCCGUUACUCCGAGUGUUGUGCGAAAGUUUCGAAAUACAACAGAUCCAGCUCCUGGUGCUAAAAUAAUAUUCUAUGGCACAGCAAAUGAUCCCGACAUUGCAAGUCACUUGACRCAUGGCAUAAAGACAACCUCYRAAAUCACUGCAGCUUCAUUGAUAAAUCCAGCUAAUAAAAGUGAAUUUCAAGAAAAGAUGCAAAGCAUGAAAGAAGCAAUUUACUCCAGUCAUCGUGAAGCACCUUUGGGUAGAUCACAUGAUCAAUCUUCCAGGUUACCUGAGGGCUUGGAUAUAAUUAAUACUACAUUUGGAAUGAAAGUCUUGAAAGAUAUAUCAGCUGGUGAGGUGGUAAAUCCACCAAAAACCUCCGAGGAAGUGGAUAAAGAAGCGAGAGAAGCACAUGAUUUGUAUGUUCUGUCACAUGAAGAUUAUUACGUGGGGGAACCAGUCAAUAGGAAGUAUAACUCACACUUCAACAAGUCUUAUGUUUAUGGAAAGGAAACCCCUCACUUUGCAGAUGGGCGAAAUGCAGCCAACAGCUUAAAUUGGGUCUUGGACCUGGAUUCGAAGAGAGCACCACACCUUGUGUCAAAACGAAGUGAUGAUUUCAAGGAAAAAUACCAGCCUUUGGUUGGAAAACCUUUUGAUCCUAUAGCAGACACUAUGAAUGUWCCCCCAGACCAUACAUUUGGAUUGAUGAUCCCUCAUGAUGAAUACGAUGUUAAUGAUCUUCUUCAUGUCCGGGUUCCGUGUGAAUUCCUCCGUGGGAAGGACAGAGUUAUUUUGACUGCAGUUCGGCAAAACUUGAAGAAAGCUAACUAUGAGAAUUUUGAUGUGUUACUGGCAGCAUUAAGACAUUUUGAURAGAAUGGUGAUGGAAUUAUACACAAAGACAACCUACGAAAGAUCUUUUUUCAGCUGAAUGUGAAUCUAGAUGAUGAGCUCCUGGAUUGCUUAAUUGACUGUUGUGAUUUGCAUAAGGAUGGUCUGAUUAAUUACCGAGACUUUAUAAACUUUCUGAACUGGAAAGAUAAAAUGGGUGUUAAAGAGUUUGAAGAAAAAAUAAUUAGAAAAGGGAAAAAUUUAGAUGCCUAUCUUCCUGAAGACACAACGAAAGAUGAUGAACCACUGGUGAAGCAGGAGCAUCUCAUAUUAAAAGAACCAGGAAGCUCAGAAAAGACACCAAAACCACUUCCAAGAUCAACAGGCCGUAUUUAUGAAAAUUAUCAAACAACAUCUUCUCAGUAUAGUGCUGCAGUAGAUGGUAUCCCAGGAUCCUGUUAUCCAUUGUGUGGUAUGCCAAGUAUUCGUUCAGAUAUUCCUGUUCCUCGAGUUCGCCGCCUCAGUGACACAACUAACUAUGGUGACCAGGGCACUGGUUUUGCAGUAUUGUUCCCAUCUGUCUUCGGUCAAAGGGGAGUGUAUGAGAGAGAUCUUUUAAAAAAGAGACCAAAGGCAGAGAUUAAAGAAGUGCUCCACAAUAUUGGCAUGAAUGUUGCAGAUGAAAGGUUUGAAGAACUAUGGAAGCAAGUGUGUACAAAACAUGAGAUAAAAGAGCUUUGUGAUUGUGAAGAAAGUAUAUGGAAUAUACUGAAUAUGAUACAUGAAUCACACAUAAAAUUCUAGUCUCUGAU